GUUGGGAAACUUAACAACUUGGCAGGUGUCGCAAAAAGUUUCUUAAAUUUAUAUAGGAUAUAUGGAUUUCAGCCUUUGUUGUUUUUGCUUUGCACCGAAAUGGAACAUGAUAUGCAUCAAAGAUGGGAAGGCAAGGUUUCAGCGAAGCUGAGAAACACCACUAAGGAACAAGCAUGGCCUCUCGUAAAGGACUUCUUCAACCUCCACAAACGGUUCCCCUCCCUCGCCACGUGCUACGGGGUUCACGGAUCUAAUGGUGAGCCUGGCUGCAUACGAUUCUGUGCCGGAUCCUCCAUUCCAUCAUCCAACGGCUCAGGGAGCGUGAGCUGGUCAAAGGAAAGGCUUGUAGCCGUUCAUGAUGUUGACUUGAGUUUGAAGUAUGAGAUGGUCGACAACAAUAUCGGAUUCAGAUCGUACGAGUCAACCAUGAGGGUCCUAAGUGAUGAUGACUCCAAUGGAUGCUUGUUGGAAUGGUCCUUUGCCGUUGACCCUGUCAAAGGGUUGGUGCUUGAGGAUCUGGUUAGGAAGUACCACGUGGGGCUUCAGCUUAUGGCCCUGAAAAUGGAGGACGAAAUUGUAAGUUUGGCUAGUGCUAUGUAGCAUAUGAAAUAAGAUUGUCUCAAAUACUAGUUUGUUCUCUUGUAUUAGAGUUUCUUAUUUACAUCAAAUUAAUUUUUCUCUGUUGGUUUAUCACAUUAAUUGAUGAACUUAAUGGCAUAUGACAA